ACUGUAUUACUUCUCCAGUUCUUCCCUGUCUGCUCUGAAACUAUGAAUUGGAAGCUCAUCUUAACUGCAACCGCUCUUACAGUCCUCUCCAGUUUCCUCAUACGAAACCCGACACAGUUAUUUUUUCCACCAUCGAUUCCUGGGUCCCACGACAAGCUUCAAGCUGCUGAGGUGAUCCCCGUAGUUGGAGCUGUCGGACCAGAGAGUCUCGCAUUCGAUCCCAACGGCGAGGGCCCUUACACAGGCGUUGCUGAUGGCAGAAUUCUCAAAUGGCAAGGACAAGCCAAAGGCUGGACAGAGUUUUCUGUUACCUCUCCACAAAGGAAGGACUGUGUACGCCCUUUUGCACCAGAGAUGGAGCAUGUUUGUGGGAGGCCGUUAGGAUUGAAAUUUCAUCCAAAAACGGGAGAUCUCUAUAUCGCUGAUGCCUACUUUGGGCUUCAUAUGGUAAGCCCAGAUGGAGGUUUGGCGACCCAAUUGGUAACCGAAGCCGAAGGUGAGCCCUUUCGAUUCACCAACGAUAUGGACAUCCACGAAGAAGAAAAUGUAAUCUAUUUCACUGAUACAAGUACAGUCUAUCAGAGAAGGCAGUUCAUGGCGGCUGUUUUAAGCAUCGAUAAGACGGGGAGAUUGAUGAAGUAUGACAUCUCUAACAAAGAAGUGACGGUCUUGCUGAGAGGGCUUGCUUUUGCCAAUGGUGUGGCACUGAGCAAAGAUCGUUCCUUUGUGCUUGUAGCUGAGACAACAACUUGCAGGGUCCUAAGGUAUUGGCUUCAAGGCCCUAAAGCAGGAAGCCACGACGUCUUCGCCAGUCUUCCCGGGUUUCCUGAUAAUGUUCGACGAAAUUCGAAAGGGGAGUUCUGGGUUGCGUUGCAUUCUAAAAAGGGAAUCUUAGCGAAUUUGAUGCUGUCGAACAGUUUCAUUGGGAAGACAUUGUUGAAGCUCCCCAUUAGUUUUAAGAACUUGCAUGCGAUGUUUGUUGGGUUUAAGGCCCAUGCAACUGCUGUAAAGCUGAAUGAGGAGGGACAGGUUGUUGAGGUGUUGGAAGAUUGUGAAGGAAGGACUUUGAAGUUCAUUAGUGAGGUGGAGGAGAAGGAUGGAGAUUUGUGGAUUGGGUCUGUGUUGAUGCCCUUCAUGGCCAGGUAUAACCAGUAGUAAAAAACUCCUGAAUUUUGAUGCUGAUGUCUUUGGCUUACUUGUCAUUAACUGCCUAUGUAGCAGCAUGUCUGUAAGUAAUAGAAUGCAGUGCAUUAAUGUAAA